AUGAACGCCAAGGACCACAUACUGGGUUACGAGCAGACCUUGCCCGUGCUGUCUCGGCCAUCGGCUGCGGCUUGGGCGGCCGAUCCGAUCCACUCGGACCCCUAUGCUUCCAUCCACUUCGAUCCCAACAUACACCCUGUACAGACCGUGACCUCGCAGACAACCCCGGCACCUCCGGCCCAAGCUCCACCGCCUCCUCCCCCUGAAACCAGUCGCAAACCAACCAGGAUACGCAAGCCCCGUAAAAGCAAUAAUGCAUCUGCGGGGAAAUCGACGUUAUUCUGGGUCAACAGUGAUCAGCAAACGGCGGCGGCAGGCACAACCGAUGAGACCCUGAAGCGGAUCCGCUCCCAUGUUAUGUCCGAGCAUAAUCGCAAAAAGCGAAUGGAAACCACGGAACAGUACAAUAGAAGCAAAUGGAACCACGCGCUUUAUCAACCCCCGACGACGAACGGCGCUCUCGUACCCGCUGAACAUCUCCAUCCGUGCAUCAGCUCGUCCACCAGCGUAUCCGGUAGUCAGAUCUCAGAGGAACAAGAGCUAGAACAGGUCGAGGAACUUGUUACAUCAACAACUGUGGGAUACCCUGCUACGCAAGCUGCAUCAUGGGAUGACUGUGGCUUCGGUGGGACGAUGGCCUACCCCGCUGGACUGUCUGCGUGGUCUUACAUGGGACAAGGAGCUAACGAUCCUUUCCAUACUGGGCAUACGCAGCUUACAGAUAGAAUGAUGCGACACCUGCGCGUCUUCCUCUGGGAUCUGACACAAGAAGCGCAUCCAUUGCAGACGCGAUAUAAACCCAAACUGCAGGCGCAUUGGGCGUCCUUGAUCCAGCGCGACCCGGCUAUUCUGCAUGCGACAAUUUGUAUGGCUACUUCUAAUGACGCUAUGCGUGCGGGCCAGCUACCCAUUCGAGAUCCAAAUCAAAAGCGGAGUCAGUUAGUGAUCGACACGUUCCACCACCGCGGUGAGACUAUUCGAUUGGUCAACGAGGGUUUGUCAGAUCCGGUCAAGGCUUCUAGUGAUGUUUUGAUUGCUGCGGUUUCUACAUUAUUAACGAUUGAAAUCGCAUCGGGAAAUCCCGACUAUCUCAAAAUCCAUCUGGCAGGUUUGCGACAGAUGAUCGCACUGCGAAAGAGCUUUGAUGAUGUUCCUUCAGACGUCCGGUUCCAGAUCUCAUGGACUGAUAUCCGAGUUGCUUGCAUGGCCCACGCCAAACCUAUAUUCCCCUUUGUCCGCUACGUCCGCCCACAACGGUUGUCUCUCAUCCCACCCAGCGACGACGUAGCAUUACUUUCCACCCGCCUCUUCCCUCUCCUCAAAAUCCCCGGCAUCUUCGGCGAAGCCAUGCCGCAAAUCGUAUACGAUCUCCUCGAACUAUCCUGGUACGCAGAAUGGAUCAAAGGCAACAGCGGGUACAAAGAGUUCAAUGAAGAGACCGAGGACUACUUCAACACGGAAGUGCUGCACGUAGAAUACCAACUGCACAUGGACCGAUACACAGCAACAGGCCAGGUUAAGGGCGACAACUCCAUCGAGGGCUGCACCCGUCUCGCCCUACUGCUGUUCCACAACAGCGCCAUCUGGAACUUCUAUCCAAUGAUCGGCCAGUUACUUCCCAAGCCAAUCCAGGCUCUACGCACCGCCCUCCAGGCCACUAUCCCCUCGGGCUUAUUCGCUCUCUGUCGGGACCUGCUCCUCUGGCAGCUUUUCAUGGGCGCGGCAUGCAGUAUAACCCUGCCGUCGGAGCGGGCCUUUUUCGUAUCUGAACUGGCCAAUGCUGCACGACUGCAGGGCAUCAGCUCAUGGCAGGAGGCCCGUGCUAUCCUUCUUGGCUUUUUCUAUGUCGAUCGCAUUCACCUUCCGAUGCUGCGUCAGAUAUGGGAUGAGUGUCAUUUGCAGCUGGAACCCCCUGCAGUAUGA